AUGGAGUCGUACCUGCGGCGACUGGGCGAGUGGCGACGCGGUGCUACGAACUUCUUCGGCAACAACCGGAGGAACUUCAAACCGACACCGCCUUCAGUGAUCGAUUUGAGCCGCUUGCGGCAGGCGCAGCAACCGCGAAGCCUGCUACAGCAACCACUCCUGAGCAGGAGACGUGGGUCCUUCUUCAGAGACAAGGCCACGUCAGCACGUUCGGGUGUGCAGGAGGCCACGGCCAACUGCUGCCUGACGGCUCGAGGCCUGUACUCACAGUCCACGGUUCCCGGGUUCAUUCAGAUGGCGCAAGCUCGGAACCCGUUUCGCAUCAUCAUUUGGUUCGUGGCCUUCGUCGGGCUCGGCUCGGUGGCGCUGAGUAACUUGUACGAACUGAUGCACGAGUACUUCCAGUACCCGCUCACUGUGAACAUACGACUGGAGGACGUCUACAACGUGGAGUUUCCGGCAGUGACAUUGUGCAACCUGAACCCCGUGCGAAAGAGCCUGUUGUGCGGACAGGAGACGGACCUCGACUACACACUGCAGGAGUUCCUCUGCAACAAGACGGCUGAGAUGACUGUGACUCGAGGUGAGGAUGAAGGCCAGCUAGAACAGUUCGUCAUGUGGCUGGCCACUAAGCAGCGGACUGAGCCGGAACUCGCAAGGACGUUGGGCCAUCAACUGCCCGAUCUACUCAGGACCUGCAGCAUUCAAGGAAUUAAAUGCGACCUGGACAGAAUGUUCACCCUCGUCUUCAGUUCCAGAUACGGGAAUUGUUUUUGCUUUCACUGCAACAGCAACAAUGAGCCCGUAUUUCGCUACAGGAGACUUGGAAGGCCGGAACAAGGUCUGGAGUUGCUUAUCGCAGUGGAGCAGUACGAAUACCUUCCCAUCACACCCGAAGCCGGAUACAUGGUCAUGAUACACAAGCAAGGACACGAUCCCGAAGAGGCUACCGACGGCAUCUUUGUAGCCCCUGGACAGACCACCUACGUGGGCGUCACCAUGAAUAGCAUAUACCGCCUAAAGGCUCCCUACCCAUCUAACUGCGUGCCGACAUGGCCUUCGAACAGCCUCCAACCCAAUGCAUCACUUGGAAAAGUCUACAGCAGGGCGCUCUGCCUCAAGCUGUGUCAGCAAGGAGCCGUGCUGAAAAACUGCAGCUGCGAGUCGAGCUUCAUGCCUGCUCCAUCUUACAACAGUUACAACGUCUGUGACGUACUCAACAACAAUGAGACUUUGUACUGCGUCGACCGAGUGAGACGCCAUUACGAGCUGGGGCAACUGGAAUGCAACUGCCCGCAAGCUUGUGUUGAAACGUUAUUCUUGAAAUCAACUUCCAUCGCGGCGUGGGCCAAAGAUGUGGGUGGGACUUCCCAUGCAAACAGACAACGGACGAGAACACGAAGUUCCGUUCCUGCCAAAGUGGUCAUAUACUUCCAGAGUCUGACGGCGCAAAAUAUUCGACAGGUGGCUCAAUACAGCCCUUCGAACCUGGUGAGCAACAUGGGCGGCAUACUGGGCAUGUACGUGAGCUUUUCGUUCCUGGUGAUCUUCGAGAUAUUCGAAGUGAUCGCCCGCUCGGUGCUGUCGGCACUGCGGGUGUGGCGAUCGCGCAACCGGCAGCAGGCUCCCGCCAGUGGUGGCACGUGGUGGAAGGCCGAGAAACCACCAGCCGCCGCUAUCACAGUUCCAGAAACGUUCUACGCCAGUCGCGGUGUACCCAUUUUCCAGAGGCCGUCGCUGUCGCUGUACCAAGGCAGCGGCAACAAUCGGUGGCGAUGACGAGAAGUGCUCGCGGCGUAAAGCUCUCGACAGCUUGCGCGUGACGCCAUAGACACACAACGUGGC